CGGCAGAUGAGCUGGAGCAGGGCCUGAGCUGGUGCGAGUUACCUCCCUAAGCAGCACACCUGAGGAAUUGUCUUUCCCCUGGCAUGGGCUAUGUCAGAUUUUGUAGAGCAUGCCCCCUGUGAGAAUUUUGAGGUCAAUGUGUUUGCCAAGAGCCGAUGCCAGAAUUGUUUCCAGGCUGUUGGUGCUCACCACCAGCCCAGCAACCAGGUGCCAGAGGAACAUUCUGUGGAGGCCCCACACAGUGAUGCCUCCAGUGGGCCAGAUCCAGGUGGACUUUGGGACCCCCUGUGCAUCUUAGUUCCCCAAUGUGAGCUGUAUGUGUGUGCAGGCUUCAAGGACAGGACUGAGGACUGGCAGGAGAGCUUGGCGUACACCCAGCUCAGCAGCCAAGCCCAGGGCGAGCAUGAAGAAACCAGCACCUGUAUUGAUAUCAGCACCGACAGCAGCACCGGUACCGGAACCAGCGCCACACUCUCGGGGGACUGGGAAAUGACCAGGCUGCUGGACAGCAUUUUGGUAUCGGACAAACAAGACACAAUGAACUAUGCAGGCCAGAGGAAAGAGGUGCAGAUUGGAACCCUGCAGUCAGACAGACCCAGGUGGGGUCAGACCAUAUCCUGGGGGAGAACAGAGUCCCAGAGCUUCAUGAAAGAAAUCUCACCUCGGAAAGCAGAAUCCAGUCCUGUGAGCCAGAGCACUGGGGAUGGCUGGGCAAAGCAUCAGAUGGAGCGCAGUUAUUUCUCUCUGGAACGCCGGAAAUCUGACCCCAACUGGGUCUCCUCCCCUCCAAGAGCCAGCUCCAGCACCUUGCCCACAUGCAGUGACCCAGUAAGGACUGGCAGGCAUCUCACUUCCUCCAUCAGCUCACUGGACUCUGACUUACCUGGGUGCACGAGGGGCGGUGGCGAGGGGCGACGUGCCCUGGUGCGGCAGGAAUACACGGUGUUGGCUGAUCUGCCCAAGCCCAAGUGGAUCAGUCACAGGGAGGCAUUAGAACAGGAACGCAGCAGCUCCCGCACUCGGAGCCCGGGCCGGGCAGAGGUGGAGCGGAUCUUUGGAUACGAGCGCAGGAAGUCUGAGAUGCUGGAGGUGUUCCAGGCCCUGGAGGACGGCCUCCUGGACCGGCUGGAUGGCAAGACCCCACUGCUGGCCAAAGAAAGGCGAUUAGGCAGGAGGCAGUCUAGCCCCACCCUGUAUAGAGAGGGGAACAAGAGGCCCCCACAGCAGCUGGAGCAGCCCGACAGACGCCAAGGAGAGGCCCUGCGCCCAGUGAGCCCGGCUCAGCGAUCGGAACGAGACUGGAGGAGCCGAGUGGACUCCAUGUGCCGCAUGAGUACAGACAAGUGCAUGGACAGAGAAAGGGUUUCUUCUCAGCCCUCUAAUCCUGGAAGACACACAGACAGUAACUGGAAAAGCCAGAGGGAUUCCUUUCACCCCACAAACCCCGGGAAGAGCUCCGAUAACAGUUGGACUGGCCAAGGGGGGCACCUGCGCUCCUUGAGUCCUGGGAAGCACCCAGAGAGCAACUGGAAGAUCCCAAAGGAGACCCACCCUGUGAGUCCAGUGACGAGCACUGAGAGAAAGUGGAAGGAUGCAAAAGAGCCCCUGUACCCUGUGAGUGCUGGAAAAUGCAUGAGUGCGCGACAGAGCCUAGAGGAGAAACCCCACCUUGUGAGUCUGGGAAAAUGUACAGAGCGAGAUCAGAAGGGUUGGGGCAAAUCACUGCGCCCCGUGAGUCCAGCCAGGAAGCCGGAGAGGGACUGGAGGAGCCAGGCAGAGACCCUGCGCUCCAGGAGUCCAACCAGGCAGCCAGAGAGGGGCUGGAGGAACCAAGCAGAGACCUUGCGCUCCAGGAGUCCAACCAGGCAGCCGGAGAGGGGCUGGAGGAACGAAGCAGAGACCUUGCACUCCAGGAGUCCAACCAGGCAGCUGAAGAGGGACUGGAGGAGCCAGGCAGACAUUCUGCACCCCAGGAGUCCAACCAGGCAGCCAGAGAGGGACUGGAGAAACCAAGCAGAGACCCUGUGCCCCAGGAGCCCAACCGGGAGGCAAGAGAGAGACUGGAGGAGCCAGGAAGAGGCUCUGUGCUCCAGGAGUCAAACUCAAAGAUCAGAAGCCAACUGGAAAACCCAAGAGAAGUGCUUGUGCCACAUAAAUCCAAUGCAACAGCUGGAAAGGGACUGGAGAAGCCAAGGAGAAUGUCUGUACUCAGUGAGCUCAGGGCACCAACCAGAGACCAAAAGCCCGGUGAGUCCAAGUCAAUGGUUAGAGAGUGACUGGAAGAGCCAUGAGCAGUCCCUAGACCUAAGCUCAGAGAAGCAGUUGGAGAAUGACAGGGGCAAAGAGGAGACCCUGUUGCUUCAAGUGAGUAGAACUUUGGAGGAGUGA